AUGAGCGCAGACUACAUCCUUCCAACAGAGAGAUAUAAUACGCCUGCAGACUACAUCCUUUCAUUCGAUCUUGCGGGAGAGGAGUGGAGGAGAGUUCUUCAUGGGCCUUCAAGUACUGGCAACCUUACAUCUGGGCAGAUGGUGAGGAGUGAGCUUACUCUAGCUGAUCUGAAAGGCUCUCUAGUUCUAGCGCACCACCCUCGCAGCCUGUCGGUCAUGGACCUAUGGUUUCUACUGGACUUUGAGAGUAGGCUCUGGGUGAAACAGUACAGCAUUCGCAUUGAAUCAGUAACCUCAAGCUUGGCAGCCGGAUACCAUCUAAUACCGUUGUUGGAGUUAGAUGAUGGUAGGUUGGUCAUUCAUCUAGCACCGACUGGACUAUUGUUCAUCUGUGAUCCAGCAACCAACACUUUCACAAGGGUCAAUAUAAGACAUCAUCUUGAUUCAGUUGGUGUGUACACAGGAAGUCUGUUGAGUUGA